AAGACAACAAACAAACGCGGAUAAUUAUUAAUUUGACAGUACUUUGUUUACAAUCAAUAAGAACAAUUGCAAACUGCACACAUCGCAGAUAUAAUCACGUACCAGCGAUGGAACAAAGUUCUUGUUUUGUAAGAACGGCGUCCACACCAGCUGGAAAUUUCACAAAUUCCGGCACUUUUGCUUCCAAAAUGUUGCUGACCUAUGCACAGACAGGGCUAACAGUUGCCUGUGACAGGUCAGUACUGUCGCCCACUGUUAGCUGGAGGUCGCCACUGGCCACGUACCUCAGGUUUCCUGGAAGGCGGUUUUAUAUCAAUCGACCAUUUAACAAUUGCCCUGAUGAUAGGACGUACAUUGCUGUAUUGACGGACAAACCUGAGAGGAAAUGCCAAUACGACCAGAGAGAGUCAUACCCACAGUUUAUUUAUUCUAAACUCAAUGGAAGCGGCAACCCGAUGUUAACAGAAGAGUUCAGCACAGCCGACAAGUUUGUCAUUCGAGCACGAUACAGUAUAGAUGCGAUCGACACGAUCUAAACGCGACUUUACGCGGUAGCUCAGAUGAAAAAAAUGAUUACACAGAAUGAACAUUACAGAAACACACUAUUAAAAACAAUGGCUGGUUGUAUUCGUUUAUAUUGUGGCUCUAUCUUACAAUAAUAUCAUUACAACUUUUUUAGAGUGAUCAAAACACAUUAUUACCAUCAAGAGCAUUUUUAUAAUCUGUAGGAAGACAAUAUUAUGUUUCUAUGGAUACAUACACGUUUUUGAGAAAGUAAGAGCUGCACAUUUGCCAACAAUCGAUCUGACUCGUCAACCUGUAGUCCUUGUCAUCAAAAUUAUUUAAGUUUUUUUUUCAAAUUUACUUCUUGAUCACUAUGCAUUAUUAACACGUAUUACCAUAUUAUUUACAAAAUAUGCCAUAUUAAUAGUUCAACAUAAUAAUGUGUUUUAAUUACAAAGUCGUACGAUUUGAUUGUUCGAUUACAAUAAUUUAUCUUUGACGACAUGCGUUAUGGUUGGUUAUCAAAAGUUUAUAUUAUUUACAGAAUUACAUCUCGUCUAAUGAUAAAACUGUUACUUUAUUUUCAUAGUAUGCGUAUUGUUUUGGUUAUAUUUGUAUGAUUUAAAAUAAUUUAUUUCAUGCACAUGUUUUUUUCCUACAUGAUCAGAAUUUCAUACAUUGGAUUUUGCAGUUUAUUGAUUCUGUAUUUUGUAAAUUUAUGUACGCGCGCUUUUAUGACUUGUAAUGUUUACAAUUAUUAUAAAUAGAUGCAAGCGUUCUAAAGCUUAUACUAAUAAUUAUAUUCAUUUUCUAUAUUAUUCGCGCGUGUGCGUUUUGUGUGUUUCCUUUAUGGGGUAAGUUACCUUUAUAGGUUAACACCGUAGCUUGUGUGUUCUUUCUUUUCUUUCUUGCCAAACCAUCGUAUUUUCAAUAAGAUAAGCAAUAAUUAAAAUCACGGGACAUUGUUCUGUUACAUAUGUGAGUUUUCCAUAUCCACCCAUAGAACUCUUCUUGGGCGAAUUGUAUCCAUUAAUUUACAACUUGUUACACUACAGUACGACUAACAUAUCAUAAACUAGAUGCAACUGGUGUCGUUUUUUUGAUAUUUUAUUCUUUGUUUAAUAGUAAAUGUAAUUAUGUGUGAAAUAUUUUCUCAUUCACCAUGUAAUAUGUCAUACAGAACACUAAUUAUGUAUUGCUCUUUAGCAGUUUUAAAGAUAUGACUAAAUCUAAACAUAAUUUUUUCUAUGCAAAAAUGAUAAUUGUGUCGUAGUUAUUUUCACAUGUGCACCAACCUCUUCUAACUUUUUAUUUCAUGUCCCUUCCGAUAUAAAUCUUUCUAUUAGUAGCAACUUGAUAAAGAUAUCUCUAUUUUAUGCAUGUGUAUAUGUUUUGAAGAAAGCAGUAUGGGUUAUAAACGCUUCUUGUGCUGUGAUUUUUUGUGUGGUUAUAUAAACAUUUGUCAAAUACUUGAACUUGGCAUACGCACGUAUCUUUUAUAAAAAAUCAUGGAAACGUUUUCCUAUAUUGUGCGUCGUUUUAAAUAAAUGCUUGACACAAA